GGCCAGCGCGCGCCGCCAAUUGUCUCCGCGCGCUCCAGCAACUGUGCGGCGGGGUGGAGAGAGCGGGACACAAUAGUCCUGGGGAAGAGUUUCCGCAGGGACUGGAGAGCACUGGCGCGCCCUAGGCGAGAGGUGGGAGAGGAGGGCUCCGGCACAGCCCCAAUCUUCCUCGCUCCUACACCGCGUUACUCCUUCUGGAGACCGUCUAGGCAACCGUGAACGCAGGGCCAUCCCCAACCGUCCACGCCCACUUCGGUUGAGGUCGGAGAGCGCAGGCGCAAACGAGGCUGCUGCUCCUUCCUUUGUCCCCCAUGGCUGAGGAGUGGCUGGAUUGCCCAGCCCUGGGUCCGGGCUGGAAGCGCCGUGAGGUUUUUCGCAAGUCAGGUGCCACCUGUGGACGCUCAGACACCUAUUACCAGAGCCCCACAGGAGACAGGAUCCGAAGCAAGGUUGAGCUGACCCGAUACCUGGGCCCUGCAUGUGACCUCACCCUCUUCGACUUCAAGCAAGGCAUCCUGUGCUAUCCAUCCCCCAAGUCUUCCUCCCCUUGCUCUCAUCUCCAGGCCCCUCCUGAGACUGUCCCUAGCAGGAAGCGGAAGAAGCCUUCGAAGCCAGUUAAAGCUGGGAAAUGUCAGGUUGGACCCCAGAGAGUUGAGGUCAGGAAGGAGGCCCCAAGGGAUGAGACCAAGGCUGAUGCUAACACAGCCCCAGCUUCGCUCCCUGCACCUGGGUGUUGUGAGAACUGUGGAAUCAGCUUCUCAGGGGAUGGUACUCGAAGGCAGCGGCUCAAGACAUUGUGCAAGGACUGCCGAGCUCAAAGAAUUGCUUUCAACCGGGAGCAGAGGAUGUUUAAGCGUGUGGGCUGUGGAGAGUGUUCAGCCUGCCGGGUAACUGAGGACUGCGGGGCCUGCUCCACCUGCCUUCUGCAGCUGCCCCAUGAUGUGGCCUCGGGGCUGUUUUGCAAGUGUGAGCGGAGACGGUGCCUGCGGAUUGUGGAAAAGAGCCGAGGGUGUGGAGUAUGCCGGGGCUGUCAAACCCGAGAGGACUGUGGCCAUUGCCGAGUCUGCCUUCGCCCUCCCCGCCCUGGUCUCAGGCGCCAGUGGAGGUGCGUCCAGCGGCGCUGCCUACGACAUCUUGCCCACCGCCUGCGUCGCCACCAUCAGCGAUGUCAACGACGCCCUCCCCUAGCUGUGGCUCCCCCUGCUGGUAAGAAACGUAGCCGCCGCAGGGGAGGCUGCGACUCCAAGAAGACCUCCCGGCGGCGCCCCCGAACCCAGCCACUGCCUCCGCUUCCCCCACCGCAGCCUCCCGAGUCCCCAGAGCUGCGCCCCAGAGCCCUGGGCCCCUCGCCACCUGCCGAGUUCAUCUAUUACUGUGUAGACGAGGACGAGCUACAGCCUUACACAAACCGCCGGCAGAACCGAAAGUGUGGGGCCUGUGCAGCCUGCCUGCGGCGGAUGGACUGUGGCCACUGUGACUUCUGCUGUGACAAGCCCAAGUUUGGUGGCAGCAACCAGAAACGCCAGAAGUGUCGUUGGCGCCAGUGCCUGCAGUUUGCCAUGAAGCGCCUGCUGCCAAGUGUCUGGGCAGGGUCCGAGGAUGGGGCAGGGUCGCCCCCACCUUACCCUCGUCGAAAGAGGCCUGGAUCUACUCGACGGCCCCAUCUGGGCCAUACCCUGAAGCACCCCUUGGGCACUCCCACAGCCCGACGAGAACAUGCCCAGACUCCAAUGAAGCAGGAGGCAGGCAGUGGCUUUGUGUUGCCCCCACCUGGCACUGACCUUGUGUUCUUACGGGAGGGUGCCAGCAGUCCUGUACAGGUGCCUGGCCCUACCCCAGCUUCCACACAACCCCGCUUGCAGGUGAGGGCUCCACCUUAUCCUGCCCGACCCAACCCUAUCCAGCCUUGUUCCAGGAAGCUGGGACCAAGUCUGCUGCCAUCCUCCUUCAUACAGGGGGCCCAGAGCCCUGGCCUGAGUUGGGUUGUGGCCUUACCCCAGGUGAAGCAAGAGAAGGCGGAUGCCCACGAAGACUGGACACCGGGCACAGCCAUCCUGACUCCUGUAUUGCUGCCUGGCUGCCCCAGCAAGGCAGUAGACCAAGGCCUACCACGUGUGAAGCAAGAGCCACCUGACCCUGAGGAGGACAAGGAGAAGAGCAAGGAUGACUCAGCCUCUGAUUCAGCCCCAGAGGAGGCAGGAGGGGCUGGCACGCCAGUGAUCACGGAGAUUUUCAGCCUGGGUGGAACCCGCCUCCGGGAUACAGCAGUCUGGUUGCCAAGGUCCAAGGGCCUUAAAAAACCUGGAACUAGAAAGCAGUAGACUGGAGGCUUCCGCAGACUGUAGGAUUCAAGGUGACAUUUACAGACCGGCUUUAUGAGAGACAACACUGAUCCAUCUACUCAGAGGCUGGACCAUAGAGCGAUUGCCAGGGCUUGUGUAGAAGUCAGUAGGAACUGGAAAAACCCACCACCAAACCAGAGGAGCAGGCCCGUUCAGUCCUUUGAGCUUAUAGAGGAAGCAAGAAAGGAGGAGAGAGUAGAAAGUUGGUGCAUCUGCUCCAACUGGUGCAAAUCCCAGAAGCCUGAGAGUGAUAAGUUUGGAUAUUAGGGGUGGAGGAGCUGGGGUUGGGGAUGGGGGAUAGAAUUAGAGCCACCGUAAAACAACCUGAACAAGCCAUCUUCAUAAAUAAUACUAAGUGGCUUCUGGGUGAGACCUGGCAGUGUCUCUAAACAUUUCCUCAGGGAAACAGCGAUUGAAAAUGUAAUGUGAAUAAAUAAGGAAAGGAACUGCAA